UGGGCUAUCCCUACAAUCAUGUUUACUGUAAACUUGUGAUAUGUAAUGUUAUAUGCAUAGCUUGCGAUUUUUAGACCUUUCAUAAAACGUGUGAUAUUCCAACUUGCUUAAUUCAACACGUAACUGCGUUAUUAUUGCUUAACCUCUAGAUAUGAAACACGAACGCAUUUCAAAUAGCAACAACUUAGAGAGUAAAACUAAGUAAGUUCACUUUUCUGUUUUGAAGUUUGUCCAACGCUUGAGUAGAAUUGAACACUAGUCGAGAUUUUCUCAACCGAUCUUUAAAAUAAUAAUUCAAACAGGGGAAAUCUUCCUACGAGCCCUGUAAAGUAUUUGUUCCUCUCUCUACCAAGACUGUGAUUUACAAAGCUGACUAUAAAAUUGCGCAAAAAAUUAUAUUAUGUUUAUAGCUUUCAGCUUUUUAUUUCUUUCGGCACAGGAAGGAGGAUAAAGAUUUCUGCGCGCGUACUUAUUCUGUUCCCACACCAAAAAGAUUUUAAUGAAAUACCGUCAUUCUAAGCUAGAUAAUAAAUAAUAAAUUUAAAGCUAGAUAUUAACUUAGUCGUUUCGCCUUGUCAUUCUAAGCUUAUAAUGAGGGUCUCUAUUCUCGUCUCGAAGUUUCUCUGGGGGCCGGGGGCCUUGUUGCCCAAUUUUUUAAAAAAAUUUCUUGACUGCCUCCUGUUCACCAAGGAAAAUAUGAAACGAGGUUGGUUUUUAUUUUGUUGCCAUUGGCAUACAAAAUGGUAGAUUUUUUAUGUUGUUGAGCGUAAUUGUUGAGUAAGUAUUGAUGUGAAGAAACCGAGGAAAAUUUUGUCAAUCCGAGAAAAGGAUGUCACACGGUGCUUUCAACAAACAAUGGGCAGAUGCUCAAGCAACCGUCGAAGAUCUGUUGGAGAUUGAGUUACCAAAAGAACCCCCAAAACCUGAAAGGGAUAGAAUUGCAGCAUUUCAAUUUUUGGCAGUUAUGUAUGUGAAGUACAUUCAAAUUUUCAGAAGAUUGGAAGAAUGCUAUGAUCAGAUUGUGCAUCCCCAGAAACGUCGAGUUCUCAGACAUUUGUUGGAUGGGACAAUGGGCAGGAUUUUGGAACUGAAGAACGAGAUGGUCGUUUUAGAGUACUCAGAAUACCACUAUCUUGACGAUGUCCUGUCUGAUCUCAAGCUCACUCCUAAUGAUAUUGAGAUACCGAUCCCCAAGUACUUUAUUCACGAGAACAGUCAGGCGAUCAAAGAACGUGAGAAAAUGAUGGGAACGGUCUUGGCCGGCAUGAAACAAACCCAGCCUGCAACUCAGAUGGUAGAAGAAAUUCAAAUAUCACCAGAGGAUGCAAUUCGUAUUGUGCAGAUACAUGAGAGAGCACGCCAAGGAAGACUUAGAGCAAAGUUUAUGAGAGAAAUAAGGGCACAGGAAGAGAGAGAACGCUUGGCAGCCUCCAAAGGUGCACCAACCAUAGACAGAGAUUUAGCAGCUACUCAAAUUCAAAAGAUUUGGAAAGGCUUUUCAACCCGAAAGAAAACUGUGAGGAUGAGGGAAGAGGAGCUUAUGUUUGUUGGAAUGAAAGCUCCCCAGGAUGUACCCUUCAAAGAGACUCCCAUGUUCAUUUCUGACCAAACAAAGGAUCAUCGCAGAGUUGUUCAAGAAGAGUACGAGCGAGAUUAUCAAAAGGCUUUGAUUACGGUUAAAGAUAAACUAGUGGAGAUUGAAGGUCCAGAAAUGAAAGAGAAAAUGCAAGACCAAGUUAGACAAUGGUUCAUCGAAUGCAGAGAUGCCACUGGAAAAUUCCCAGAAUAUCCAACUGAAGAAGAAGGAGGAUCUGCUGCAAUAUUCACACAGAAAGACCCUGCACAAGUUGAAGAGGAAUUAAAAAAGAAGGAAGAAGAAAAGGCAAAGAAGAAAGGCAAAAAGGAUAAGAAAGACAAAAAGGACAAAAAGGACAAAAAAGGAGGGAAGAAAGGAAAGAAAGGAAAGGGUGAUGAGGAUGAGGAAGAAGGAAUCAAAUUCCAGCCUUCUUCGUUUGUUCCAACAGUCGACGAAGCAAGUCUGUCUUACAAAGAUGUGUGGUCAACUCGAGAUGAAACAAAUAAUUUUGCGCAAAAACAUGACGCUGAAUUGAUCAAAGAAGCCAAAAGAGUGGAAGUGGAGAAUGAGAUACGAUUGCAUGUUGAUGAGUUAAUGAGACAGGAGCUCAAGAACUUAAAGCUAGCUGUAGAUCGUGACAAGCAAGGCAAGAAAGGAAAGCGAGGGAAGAGCGGCAAAGGAAAAAAGGGUGGUAAAAAGAAAAAGAAAAGUGGCAAGAAAAGUGGAAAGAAGGGAAAAAAGGGAAAGAAGAAAGAAAAGGAUUUGACUGCGGAUAGAACUAUCGAAUCUUUGUACGAAGAGCUCGUUGUCGAAGGCAUUUUGGUGCGCCCAAACAAAGUCAGUGUGUCGGAUUACAUUGGGGAGUACAGCUAUUUGGGAACAACAUUACGUCAAGCAAAUAUCGAACCAAUGCCUUCAUUAUCAGACGUCCGAAGAGUUAUUACUGAGUUCUGUAUUUUACCACUUGGAUCACAGAUUGUGCACGAAAAAGCUCCCCACGUCAAAUCAGUCAUGAUCGCAGGACCGCGUGGCUGUGGUAAAAAGAUGCUGGUUGAUGCUAUAUGCACGGAGGCUGGUGCCAACUUGUUUGACUUAACUGCCGCAAACAUUGCUGGGAAAUACCCUGGAAAAGCCGGUCUGCAAAUGAUGUUGCAUCUAGUCUUCAAGGUUGCUCGUCAACUACCUCCAUCUGUUGUUUAUAUUGGAGACUGCGAGAAGACAUUCCUCAAAAAAGUCCCAAAGACAGAUAAGACAGAGCCCAGGAGACUCAAAAAAGACUUGCCGAAAAUUUUAAAAUCACUGAAACCAGAAGACAGAGUUUUGAUUGUCGGAACUUCAAGAACACCAUUUGAUGCCGAGGUAAAACCAUUAUGUGCAGCUUAUCAGAAGAUAGUUCUAAUCCCAAGACCAGAUUAUGCUUCUAGAUUCGUGUUGUGGCCAAGUCUGAUAAAGAAAUACGGAGGAAGAAUAUCAGAUGCACUCGACUUCAGUUCUUUGUCAAAAAUUUCUGAUGGAUACACCCCUGGUCAUUUGCUAACAGCCAUUAAAACCGUUUUGACUGAACGACGAAUCCAACAGCUUUCAAAAAAACCACUAACAGCGGCUGAGUUCAUCCCUCCACUAGCCAAGAUUGACCCAAUUUACAAAGAAGAAGAAGAGGCUUUCAAGAUUUGGUACGUAAAAACGCCGCUUGGCAAAAAGCGAGCGAAAGCUGCAAAGGAGGAAGAAGAGGGCACUGGAGGAAAGAAAGACAAAAAGGGGGCGAAAGGAAAAGGGAAGAAAAAGAAAUAAGAAAAGAAGAGGAAAACUGAAGUAAAGAAAUAUAUUUCUCUAGGUUUAAUUUGCUUCCAAAUUGUAAAUAUUUCUCAAGCAUUAAUUUUAUAAGCAGAGCAAUUUCUUGACAGGUAACAAAAUUUCUAAAUGCACUUGAUUAUUGUAUGUUGUUAGUUUCACAAAAAUCAAGUAAAUGUGUCAACAUGGCUGCUUUCUAUCGCCAUUUUUCUUUUUAAAAUGUCCUUCUGCCUGUAAUAAACUGCAUAAAAGGAGCGAAAUGCUAUCAAUGUUAUUCUUAACUCUUGAAAGAGUCGAGAAGCAGUUAGUCUUUCAACCGAAACACCCAAACUUCCCCGUACAAAGGCAAAUCGUUUGAAACUUGAGCUCGUCUGUUUUCCUCUCAACGAUUUCCAGUUUGAAGCA